AUGAGUGAAAAUCAACCAAGCAAAACAAAGGAGUACGCCCUAGACCUUGGAGCUACUCUUGCAUCCCCAAGGGGUGUGGUCAUAGAAGUGUGGAAGAGGAAGAUCCUGGACUCCGAACUGCACACAAGAAGGACCACUACUGGCUCAGCACUGACUGAGAGAGUACUCGCUCAGCCCCACCCUCCGAUCCUGGGUAACAACACCCCCACCCCGUCCACCUUCGCCCCUCCCCUUCAACACAGAUAUCAAUUAUCAACUAGAAUUUAA